AUGGCGGAAGAAGAGAACGUGCAUGCCAGGCCCGGCGACACCAAAAGGACGAUUAGCGUCGCACUGCUCGUCACGGGCGAGCCGCCAAAAGAGGUGCAGGACUCGCUAAAGGGCGGCUAUGAGAUCAUGUUCCGCGACAUGUUUGCCACGGCGUUGGCCAGCAUUCCGCGCUUUGACUGGCAUCCGAAGAUGUCUUUGCAGAUCCAGGCCUUUAACGUCGUCCUCGGCGAGUUUCCCGAGAUCGAGGAGCUCGACGAGGGCAAGUGGGACGUUGUCGUGAUUACCGGAAGCCGUACGUCGGUGCUGAAGGAGGACGAGGUCUGGAUUCACGUCUUGUCCCGCUACAUUACCCACCUUGUUGACGAGCACCCACUUGUGCGCAUCGUCGGCAUCGGGUUUGGGCACCAGCUCAUUGUGCGCAUCUACGGCGGCAGCGUCGUGGAGGACCGUGCGAAUGGCGAGUAUGGCGUCGCGGAUAUCCAGCUCACCCCCGAAGGCAUCGAGAUGCUCUCGCCCAUCGACAAAAAGACGACUUGGCGCCUUGAACAAGUACACAGCGACAGCGUCGUCGAGGCACCUAAACCAGUCGACGACGACGAGUGGAUUCUUCUCGGGUCGUCCGCCAAGUGCAAGUAUCAAGGCUUUGUACUGCGCUACCCAACCCACGCGCCGCCUCUCCCUCACCUCGUCAACACCUCAUCAUACAUUGCUUUUGACGUCGACGACGUGGCUACGGGCGCCGCAGGGCCUAUGCCUAUCCGCAGCGCGCACAUCCUCACGCUGCAGGGGCACCCCGAGCUGAACGCAGAACUGACUAAAGCAGAGCUUACCUGCCUCUGUGCCACCGGUCAGAUGGACUGGGAUGCACGCGAUUACGCGCUAGCACAGGCGCAAUCGGGAGUGUCGGAUGGCGCGCAGACCGCGCAAAUGCUCUUGGCGAUGCUUAGCGUCGAGCCAGCCGUCUCCGAUGUCCCAUUGGACACGUGA